GGGGGGGUCGGUGCGCCUGCGCAGAAACUGCCGCAGCCGGAGUUCGCCGGAUCCAUGAGCACCAGCGGGGCGGGCGGUAGCAGCAGCGGCGGCGGCGGCACCGGCACGGGAGUGGGGGUCGCGGAACCCGACCCCAACCCCGCGACGCCCGCGGCCCCCCCGCCGCCGCCCCCGCCGCCCCCCGCCGCCUCCGCCGGGGACGCGGGCGCCAAGGGCAGCCCGGGCGUGGCGGGGGCCGCCGCGGGGGCGGCCGGUGAGUGGCGGGGCGGAGCGGGCGGGGCCGGGCGGGGGCCUCCUCCGCCCGGCCGGUCUCACGCGUCGCCCCCCGCAGGCCUCGCCGCCGCCUCCCUGGCGCAGCCUGUCGAGGGGCCGCCGCCGCCGCCGCCCAACGGAGUCUUUGCGCCGCCCGCGGGCGCCGCCAACGGGGGCGCCAAGGCCGCCGCCGCCGUCCCUCCGCCCGGCUCGGCUUCGUCCGGCGCGCCGCUCGUGGACUUCCUGCUGCAGCUGGAGGACUACACGCCCACGAUCCCGGACGCCGUGACUGGCUACUACCUGAACCGCGCCGGCUUCGAGGCGUCGGACCCGCGCAUCAUCCGGCUCGUCUCGCUGGCGGCCCAGAAGUUCAUCUCGGACGUGGCCAACGACGCCCUGCAGCACUGCAAGAUGAAGGGCACGGCCUCCUGCAGCUCCCGCAACAAGAGCAAGGACAAGAAGCACACGCUGACUAUGGAGGAUCUGGCCCCUGCACUGGCCGAGUAUGGCAUCAACGUCAAGAAACCCCAUUAUUUCACCUGAAAGCCCCUUCCCCCUGCCCCGUUCUUUAUUAAAGUCUCUCUCUUGCC